CUUCCACACAUUUCCGCUUUCUUUUUGCCGGAGGAGCAGUUGACUGCUGGGUCGGGGGGCGCGGUGGCUAUUGACCUUUGCCCCAGUCUCGUGCAGCGCGAGGGCACAGCGCACCUCCCAGCAGCCUCCUUCCUCUGACAGAACCCGUUUCCGGCCUCCGAGGCUCCAGCGAGAUGUUAUUAGUGCUGCUGCUGCUGCCCAUGUGUUGGGCCGUGGAGGUCAAGCGACCUCGGGGCGUCUCCCUCACCAACCAUCACUUCUACGAUGAGUCCAAGCCUUUCACUUGCCUGGAUGGCUCUGCCAGUGUCCCUUUUGAUCAGGUCAAUGACGAUUACUGUGACUGCAAGGAUGGCUCAGAUGAACCAGGCACAGCCGCCUGUCCCAACGGCAGCUUCCACUGCACCAACACUGGCUACAAACCCCUGUACAUCUCCUCCAGAUGGGUCAACGAUGGAGUUUGUGACUGCUGCGACGGGACGGACGAAUACAACAGCGGGAUCGUCUGCGAGAACACCUGCAAAGAGAAGGGCCGUAAGGAGAGAGAGACUCUACAGCAGAUGGCGGAGGUGACCCGCGAGGGGUUCCGCCUGAAAAAGAUCCUAAUUGAGGACUGGAAGAAGGCCCGAGAGGAGAAGCAGAAAAAGCUCAUUGAGCUGCAGGCUGGAAAGAAGUCACUGGAGGACCAGGUGGAGUUGCUGCGGACACUGAAGGAAGAAGCUGAGAAGCCAGAGAAGGAGGCCAAGGACCAGCACCGGAAGCUGUGGGAAGAGCAGCUGGCCGCCUCCAAGGCCCGGCGGGAGCAGGAGCUGGCGACCAGUGCCUUCCAGGAGCUGGACGAUGACAUGGACGGGGCGGUCUCCGUGGCCGAGCUGCAGACCCACCCGGAGCUGGACACAGAUGGGGACGGGGCAUUAUCAGAAGGGGAAGCCCAGACCCUCCUCGGGGGAGACACGCAGACAGAUGCCGCUUCCUUCUCUGACCGCAUCUGGGCUGCCAUCCGGGACAAGUACCGGUCCGAGGUGCUGCCCACCGACCCGCCGUCGCCUUCUGCACCCGACUUGACGGAGCCCAAGGAGGAGCAGCCCCCGGUGCCCUCACAGCCCACAGAGGAGGAGGACGAGGAAGAAGAGGAGACAGAGGAGGAGGAGGAGGGGGAGGAGGGGGAGGAAGAGGAUUCUCAGGUGCAGGGGGAGCAGCCCAAGGAGACCCCUCCCCCAGUC